GUUGAAAUGGCGAUGGCGAUGACGACCUCUGCGACAGCAGCAGAUGGUCAGGAUCCUGAGAAGGUUCGUUUCCAGGUAGAGCUGGAGUUCGUACAAUGUCUUGCCAAUCCACACUACUUGAACUUCAUCGCUCAGAGGGGAUAUUUCAAAGACAGCAAGUUCAUCAACUACCUGAAAUAUCUUCAGUACUGGACGGAACCUCAGUAUGCAAAAUACCUCAAAUACCCUCAAUGUCUUCACUUCCUGGAGCUUCUCCAGUAUGAACAUUUCCGCAAGGAACUGGCGAACGCACAGUGCGCCCAGUUCAUAGACGACCAACAACUGCUGCACUGGCAGCACUACACACGGAAACGUAUGAGACUGCAGCAGGCUGCCGCUGAACAGUUCCAACAACAGCAGCAGCAGCAGAAGCAACAACAGAUGCAGCAGCCACGACAGCAACAGCAACAACACCAGCAGCAACAGCAGCAGCAGGAUCAGAAACCUUUACAGCCCGUGCAGCAGAAUCAACAGAAUCAAAAAUGAAGGUUCGAGUUGAACGCUUUGGAAACCACAGAGCACUUAGCAGCCACAAGGCGCUAAAGCCAGUGCAUGUAUACCUAAAAUGGCCAUAUCCUUUAAAGUGCCAUGCCAAAGGUCAUCAUUGGUAUUUGUGUAUGUUACUUUAACAAAAGGUAGCAUCUUCCAUGAUAUAAAAAGACGUUACCGACUACAGUCACAGAUUCCUGUGGCUUGUUGGCCAUCGAUCCAAGCCAA